AUGUUGCACACUCUGCAUAGACUCUUCGGUCUCACGACAGGGAUUCCACAGCCUUGUGCUGAACCACAGGCUCAUCCGGAUCUUUACCAUAGCAAUGUCAUUGUCGAUGACAAGUUCAAAAAUCUUGCCCUGACUGACUGGCAGGGCACAUGCAUUGUUCCGUGGGAGCUAGUGGAGUUCCCACUGUUUCUGAGCACCGUCUCACGGGCCAUGGAUGCGGCUUUCAAUAACGAUCAGAAUGGACAGCCAAAACCUGCUGACGCAAGGCUGAGGUGGAAGGAGCGGGCAGAAUAUGUGCAGAUGGUCAAGGCUGCUGAGACGGCGAUGAAUAAGGAUGCCGCAUUAUCGCGAACACUGGGCACUACUGACGUUCAGGGCUUGGCUCAUGCCAUCAAGGUGUAUACUGAGCCUGGAAAGUUGAGCUUCUAUGACAAAUCCUGGACCUGUUCAGGGAGAGCGAGUUGUGUCAGUAGGAACUAG